CCAGAAUCCCUUGUGUCAAUAACCUCCUCUGGUAGGGGCCUAUUUUAACAAGCCCAGGCUGAAGGUUUUGUGUGUCAGAAACACAAGACCAAGACACACUAGAAACACAAUCCCUGAGGAAGAGAGAGAGGAAAAAGAAGUAUAGAAAAUGUUGAGGAGUGAACCGGUUUAACUUUUCUGUUGGAUGUUUUAGUUUGUACACAUUUGAAUUGUUUGUUGAUGGGUAUGUAAUGCUGGUGGCCAUUCGACAAACUUUUGGAAUAAACCAUGUUUCUGUUUUGUAAAUUAGAUCAUAGACUAUAGAGAGGACACACAAAUGCAUACAAACUCAAACCAAAUUAACAGAAGAAACAACCACACAAGGACAUUCAACAAGAAGCUGCAGUAUGGCUUCUUCUUCCACUACAACAUCUUACAGAAAACUUCCAAUCAUUUUCACAUUUGUUGUUUUGUCAGUUCUUGUUUCCUUUAAUACUGCUCCUGUCUCGUCCAAGCCUACUAUCCAUGCAUCAGAUUCCAGUCAUAACGUUCUCUUAUCCAACCAAACUUUCCGGCCGCGAUCAGAAUUGCAUAGGUUGAGGAGGAUUAGAAGUUAUCUGAAGAAGAUCAACAAGCCAGCAGUCAAGACAAUUAAGAGCCCAGAUGGUGAUGUAAUAGAUUGUGUUCUAUCUCAUCUUCAACCAGCUUUUGAUCACCCUCAGCUCAAAGGACAGAAGCCACUGGAACCGCCAGAGAGGCCUAAAGGCCAUGACUCCGUUGAUGCAUUGACAAAGAGCUUUCAACUAUGGACUGAUUCUGGUGAAGCCUGUCCAGAAGGGACGAUACCAAUUAGAAGAACUACCGAGAAAGAUGUCCUGAGAGCUAGCAAGCUGAGAAGAUUUGGAAGAAAAAUCAGAAAUGUACGCCAUGACACCAUGAGCAGUGAUCAUGAGCAUGCAGUUGCUUUUGUAAAUGGAGAUCAGUUUUAUGGAGCUAAGGUCAGCAUAAAUGUAUGGACACCUCGCGUCACAGACCCAUAUGAGUUCAGUUUGUCCCAAGUCUGGAUCAUUUCUGGCACUUUUGGAAAUGAUCUUAAUACCAUUGAAGCCGGUUGGCAGGUUAGUCCAGAGUUAUAUGGAGAUGGCAAUCCGAGGUUCUUCACCUAUUGGACGACUGAUGCAUACCAAGCCACAGGAUGCUACAAUUUACUGUGUUCAGGAUUUGUACAGACAAAUAAUAGAAUUUCUAUAGGGGCAGCAAUCUCUCCAAGGUCAUCUUACAGUAGCAGACAAUUUGAUAUUGGUGUUAUGAUAUGGAAGGAUCCUAAGCAUGGACAUUGGUGGCUCGAAUUCGGUUCAGGAUUGCUUGUGGGAUACUGGCCAUCAUUUCUGUUCAGUCAUCUACGAAGCCAUGCCAGCAUGGUUCAGUUUGGUGGAGAAAUAGUAAACACCAGAUCAACAGGAUAUCACACAUCAACACAGAUGGGAAGUGGCCAUUUUGCAGAUGAAGGAUUUGGCAAAGCAUCUUACUUCAGAAAUUUGCAAGUUGUUGAUUGGGAUAACAGCUUAAUUCCUCUAUCUAAUCUUCAUCUCUUGGCUGAUCAUCCUACUUGUUAUGAUAUAAAAGCAGGAAGAAACAAUGUCUGGGGAAAUUACUUCUACUAUGGUGGCCCUGGAAGGAACUCAAGGUGUCCUUAAAAGGGCAUAAAAGUGUAGGGUGGUCACAUAUUAUUGGCCUAAAACUUUCCAUUGGUCCCCAAUUUCCCCUUUCCUUUAAAUAGACAUAGACCAUUUCAAAAUUCUUUUGAAAAGCAUUCCAUUUCACCCCCCCAACAAAAAGUUUUUACCCAUUACUUUGUAGCAAGAAGAUAAAUAGGAGUAUUGUGUGUAAUUUACUUUCUACUUUUGUACCUUGUGGAUAUGGAAAGUUACGUGCAUGCACAGAGAAGAAAGCUAUGUAUGGUAUUAAUGCAAUUCUUUAUCCUUCUCAAAGUUGAUGUUC